UGGACUGGAUAAGACUGUACUUCUAGAUCCUACUCUGUUCAAGUGCCAUAUUGUAUUGCUGCACAGUGAUUUGUUUUGCAUUCUAGCCACCUAGUUUAAAGUACAUGUAAUAUAUCAGCACAGUAGUCUCCUGUCUCAGAACUCAUCAGCAUGUUCUCCCUGUCCAUGAUGGUGGGGCUGGUCCCGAUACUGUCUCUCUUUGGUUUGUUCUACUCUGCUGCAGUGGAUGAGAACUUCCCUCAAGGCUGCACCAGCAGCAACAGUCUGUGUUUCUACAGCCUGCUGCUGCCGGUCACCAUCCCUGUCUACGUCUUCUUCCACCUCUGGAGCUGGAUGGGGAUCAAGCUCUUUAGACACAAUUAGACUGUUCUGACUCUGUCUCGUUAAAGAAAAAAAUCCACCUGAAAGCACUUGGGUACAAUUAAAUCAUCUGUUGGUUAUGUAGCUUGUAAUUCUAGAUUCAUUUUGUUUCCCGCAAACAGAAAAAAUAGAUGGUUUGACACCACGCCGUUAGAAACACGUCUACAAUGUAGAUUAUUAGCAGAAAAUGUUGCUUACUCCAACACUAUAAUGAAGAACUGCUGUAAGACAGGUUGGGAUUGAGAUAUGAAAUAAACAGACACAUAGCAGACAUGAAGCAGAACUAGACGGGACAGGCUGAGGCAAAUGCGACAAAAAAAUCAAUUCUUUUUCCUUUUUUUUUAUAGAUGAGGGGCAGCAGGGUGUAAUAUAUGCAUAAAGAUUUGUUUCUUUCAAAUAUGUUGCAGCUAGAAAACAAGCCCUUGUUGACAAGAGGGGUGUAUGUCAAAGUAAUACAGAAAAUCCUGAACAUAUGCUUGGUACAAUGUGGUGCUCCUCAUCAUUCGAUGUAGUUCACACUGUUUGAGCAGAAAUGAAAGCUUAACUAACAUGUGACAAAUGACAAGUGUGCACUGCUGUGAAUGUGAAAUUAACAAAGAUAACAGUAAACGGCUUAAUAUUGAAAUUUAACUAGCUAAUUUUGAAAAACUGUUAAGAUCUAAAACUGUAUAGGAUGUACAGAAACCAAACCACUGUUUAUGUACAAUAAAUAAACUUUAAUUGAUUAAA